AUGGCGCGUCCGCUUCGCAGGGGGCCCUCUGCGUCCUUACCCCGCGGCCGUGCAAUCCAUCGACACCGCGGCUCUGUCAGCUUACCUUCUAUACCCAAAAAGAGCACAACGCAUGCCACACCAUCCGUGGAUAAGGUGCCUUGGAUAAUUUCAGCCCCCAGGGGCAUUAGGCAUCUGCUGCGGGUGUCCUGUGUCUGCUUUCUUUCACCUUUCCGCGCGGGCAGUGGGGUAAGAGCUCGGACGUCCCUUCGAAUCUUGCGCGCGUAUGCAGAUUCAAUCGUUCCACCAACCGCACAAUUCUCAGAACAGGAACGUUGA